CGAAAAUACCCUUAGCCCCUUUCCUCUGCUCCUGCUCAGAUGCUUGUUCCGUGUCGGGGUUAGUUUUGGUACUUCCUGAAAUCCUUUGGGGAAUUUGGUUUCUCUCCUUCCGUUUGAGCGAAAGAAAUUGCAAUUAUUAGAUUAAAAAAAAAGAAACUUUUAGGUCGAUUUUCUUCUUCGCCUCUCUUUUAUUGCGAUACGGCACCCCGUGUGAUGCCACCAUGCUCAUGAGCUCCAUUGUCGUGAUGAUAUGAACUUCAUGGAUCAUGUAUCAAGUAGCUGUUGAAGUUCUUCCAUGGUGGAUUUUCUUGAGAAAGAAGAAAUCGCAGGACAAGUGCUGGUAACAUGUCCGCAAAAAAGAAGGAGCUUAUGUCCUCAGCCAUGAAGAGAACCAGCGAAUGGUGGAUUUCUUCUCAGGAAAUCCCAAGUGAUGUCACCGCUCAUGUAGGAGAGGCUUCGUUUUCACUUCACAAGUUUCCGCUUGUGUCGAAAUCUGGGUUCAUUCGAAAACUUGUGUCGGAAUCGAAUAACGAAUCGGACAUUAGCGUAAUCGGAAUCCAUGAAAUCCCCGGAGGAGCAGAAGCAUUCGAGAUGGCAGCCAAGUUCUGCUACGGCAUUAACUUCGAGAUAACCACAGAGAACAUCGCCAUGCUGCGAUGCGCGGCUGAGUAUCUGGAGAUGACAGAGGAACACUCUGUUGGAAACCUUCUGGGUAGAGCAGAGGCUUACCUCAACGAAGUGGCCCUCAAAAGCUUAUCCAGCUCGAUCACGGUUCUUCACAAGGCGGAGGAUUUAUUACCGAUGGCCGAGAGAGUGAAACUGGUCAGCCGAUGCAUCGAUGCGAUCGCUUAUGCAGCUUGCCAAGAGAGCCAGUUCUGCUGUACGGCCUCGAGUAAUGGUGGAAACAACGAGGUGUCAGUGUCACAGAACAAGCAGCUCGCAGUUGAUUGGUGGGCUGAGGACUUAACGGUGUUAAGGAUCGAUACGUUUCAACGUGUCCUGAUCGCGAUGAUGGCCCGAGGAUUCAAGCAGUAUGGCCUUGGCCCGGUCCUUAUGCUGUACGCUCAGAAAGCUCUUAGAGGGUUGGAGAUUUUCGGGAAAGGGACGAAGAAGAUCGAGCCGAAACAAGAACACGAGAAAAGGGUCAUUCUUGAAACGAUCGUGAGCCUUCUUCCGAGGGAAAGAUACGCGAUGUCGGUGAGCUUUUUGUCGAUGCUGCUUAGAGCGGCAAUCUACCUGGAAACGACGGUGGCUUGUAGACUGGACUUGGAAAAGAGAAUGGCCUUGCAAUUGGGACAAGCUGUUCUUGAUGAUCUCCUCAUCCCUUCUUACUCUUUCACCGGAGACACCCUAUUCGAUAUCGACACGGUUCAACGCAUCCUCAUGAACUAUCUCGAGUUCGAGGUCGAAGGAAACAAUGCCGUAGACAUUGCCACGGAUAUGGAACGUAUCGGAAAGCUCAUGGAAAGUUAUCUGGCGGAAAUCGCCUCCGACAGAAACGUGAACGUCCCGAAAUUCAUCGGGUUGGCUGAACUAAUUCCUGAACAGUCCAGAGUGACCGAAGACGGGAUGUAUCGGGCCAUUGACAUCUACCUCAAGGCGCAUCCGAACAUUAGCGAGGUGGAGAGGAAGAAAGUUUGCAGCUUGAUGGAUUGCCAGAAGCUAUCGAGAGAAGCAUGUGCUCAUGCAGCUCAGAACGAUCGUCUUCCGGUUCAAACAGUGGUUCAGGUCCUGUACUAUGAGCAACAACGUAUACGUGAUGUAAUGAAAGAGACGGAUAUUCCUACUGAUCCGCCACCUUCCAUUCUUCCUCCACCUAAACCCACUUCAUAUAACGAAGAGCUGUCAAAGCUAAAGAGAGAGAACCAGGAUUUGAAGCUGGAGCUCCUGAAAAUGAAGAUGAAGCUGAAGGAGUACGAGAAAUCUGAAAUGGGAAGCAGUAAUAGCAACUCGCCGGUUUCAGCGGUUUCGAUGGGGAAGCCGCCAUUGCCGAAGAAGUCGUUCAUGAGCUCUGUUUCCAAGAAACUUGGAAGGCUUUAUCCUUUUGGCAUCUCGCCGCAUAACGCCAGAGGCCGGACCAAACCCCCCAAAGACCGGAGACACUCCAUCUCUUAAAACACUGUUUUGUUGGGUUUCUUCUUCUUCCUUUUUUCCCUUUUUUUUGUGCUGAAUCAAAGAAUUUUCUCUGGUUCAGCAUCUUUUUUUUAUGUGGGAUAUGAUGUUUUGAUUGUAUGUAAAGUUGGUAAUAUCUGUGUUUCCUUCAUGAGUUCCAGUCUUGGACCAAUUCUAAUGAAAAUAUCUCAUGUUAUAUUUGAACA